AAAACUUUAGAAACGCUUACUGACGUCAACAAAUAAACAUAAGAAUCUAAUUCUAAUCAACAAUUUAAAUGAAUCGUCAAUGCUAUUAAGGCCCAGGCGGCAUGGACAAAGAACCCCCGGACACUAUGCUUUGUUUUAUUACAUGUUGAAUCAUCUGUUAUUGGCUCGCUGAAUAUUCAAGAAGAAGAAGAAGAAUAAAUCAGCUACUACACGUGUUAUUAAUAGAUUUUGAAUAAAAAAUUUUUCUACGCUUUUUUACUUAUGCGUAAAUGAACUUUCUAAACGGAUUGGAUUUAAAGGAAAAGCAAUGAAAAAAGUCUAAAAAAUGGCCAAAGUCAGAGUUGAUGAUUUACCCGGCUUUCCAUCGUUGAACAGCGGCGGCAGGGAAAACAAUAACUUACUAAAAUCCACUGCAUCUGCUAAAGCUAAGAAAAGCGGUGGCUUUCAGUCGAUGGGUCUAAGUUAUGAAUUAUUAAAGGGUAUAACUAAACGUGGUUAUAAGGUACCUACACCCAUACAACGCAAGACAAUACCAUUGAUACUUGAAGGACGUGACGUAGUGGCAAUGGCAAAAACUGGUUCAGGGAAGAGCGCUUGUUUUCUUAUACCAAUGUUUGAACGUUUAAAACGUCGUGAUCCUACCAAAGGAGCUAGAGCUCUCAUUUUAUCUCCUACUCGAGAGUUGGCAGUGCAAACAUACAAAUUCAUUAAAGAACUGGGCAAAUUUUUGGAAUUAAAAACUAUAUUGGUAUUAGGUGGUGAUUCAAUGGAUUCCCAAUUCUCUGCCAUACAUACAUGUCCGGAUAUUAUAGUAGCAACGCCAGGUAGAUUUUUGCAUCUAUGCAUAGAAAUGGAUUUAAAAUUAACGGCCAUAGAAUAUGUGGUUUUCGAUGAAGCUGAUCGUUUAUUUGAGAUGGGUUUUGGUCAGCAAUUAAAUGAAAUAUUACAUCGUUUAUCUGCUAGCAAGCAAAUUGUCAUGUUCUCAGCAACAUUACCAAAGUUAUUAGUGGAUUUUGCCCGUGCUGGGCUAAGUGAUCCUGUUUUAAUACGAUUGGAUGUUGAAUCGAAAUUACCGGAAGGUUUAUGUUUAAAAUUCGUUUAUUGUCGUCCUGAUGAUCGAUAUACCACUUUAAUUAUACUUUUGAAAUAUGUGAUAUCUCAACAGGCUCAAACAGUCGUUUUCGUAGGCACCCAACAUCACGUGGAACUUGUAUCGUAUAUUUUAACUGAAUAUGGCAUAAGCAACACUUCCGUUUAUUCUAGUUUAGAUCCGUCAGCUCGUAAAAUUAAUACCGCCAAGUUUGUUAAUAAAAAAGUUUCAGUUCUUGUUGUAACAGAUGUGGCUGCUCGUGGAAUUGACAUACCGAGCCUGGAUUUUGUUAUUAAUUUACAUUUCCCAGGGAAACCGAAACUGUUUGUUCAUCGCGUUGGACGUUGUGCUCGUGCAGGUCGCACCGGCACUGCCUAUUCAAUAUUCUCUACCGACGACUUAGCUCAUUUGCUUGAUUUACAUUUAUUCCUUAAUCGCUUUUUCGAUAUCAAUGAUAGUAAUUCUAUUGGUAGCGUACCACAGGAACUACUAGAAGAAGAACAUCUAACUGUUACAGAAAUUAAGAAACACCACAAUAUUAGUGGCGUCUUGCGCACCAGCGAGAAUGCUUAUAAAAAGUACUUGUCUUCCCGACCAGUCGCUUCAACGGAUUCUAAUGCUCGUGUUAAGAAAAUUAAAUUCUAUAGUUUAAAACCUUUGGAGGUCUUUUUCAACGUAGCAUCUAAAUUAAAUACUGAUGCACCGGUGAAAGGGGAAGAAAGGACCGAGGACGAGCGUAAAUUUCAAGAACAAAAACAUGAUUUACUCUUAAAAAUGCACAACUAUAAGCCUCAGAAUACCAUAUUUGAAUUGAAAAAGAGUCAAAAGUCUGCUCCUUUCAUGGCCAUGAAAGAAAAACGCUCGCAGCACACUGAUAUCAUAAAAAAAUAUCGUACAAAAAUGGAGGAGUUGGAUAAAGAAGAGGAAGUGAAACGUGUUAAAAGCAAGAAGGAAGGAGUGAUGUCAGCGCAGGAGGCUAAUGAACUUGAUAUCAGCACGGUUUUUAACAAAGUAGUGGCUCCGCAGAAACGCCAGAAUGCAGAUCAUCUGUAUAAGGAGGCGAAGAGCAAAAAGCAGAAAAAAGUAUACACUAGAGAUGCCGAAAAUUACAUACCAUACGAGGCAGCAGAUAAACAUACUGAGGACGGUUUGGCAAUAAAUUCUUUUGAACGUCAAGCGAUGAAUGCAGAAUUCUCAGUCAUUGACCGCGACACAAAUGAAGUACACCACAAGGGGCGCUUGAAGAAAUGGGAUCGCAUUAAAAAAAAAAUGGUGGCCGUGCAAGAUCCUAGGGCGGGAAAAAUACGCACAGAGUCUGGAGCUUGGAUUCCAUGCUCAUUCAAAACCGGCCGCUACAACGAAUGGAAAGAGAAGUCGAAAAUUGAAGAACAAUUGGCGAAAGAAACUGCAAGUGACGAUGAUACGCCUUUCAAACAGUUGUCGCAUGAACAACGCUAUCCAGUAAGUCGCCACGCUCGGCACAAUGCCAAGGUUGAAGCCAAAAAGCAGGCUGGUGUGGGCGGCUCUAAGGAGCUUCGUGCGCCCGAACAAAUUGUUAAGUCACGGAUGCGCUUGGAAUUUAUCAAAAAACGCAACGCCGAGAAUGCCACGCGUAAAAUUGAAAAUCGUAAACGCAGUAUGCGUACAUAUCAACGGGUUCAGCUGGCGGCAAAGUCCGGCAAGGGAAAGAAAAAAAAGUGAUUACUUAUUUUUCCCCUCUUUUUUUCUUUUUUGUUAAUCUGCGGUAUUACUUGGAGUUGUCCUUUUUUUCUCAAUUAUAAUUUUUUUUUAUUAAAUAUGCUUAAGCGUAAAAGGGGAACUUAAUCGUAUAUA